UUGAUUAUGGCUGCGGUCCGGUUUACUGUGUGUUGCUAAAAGAGUCAAAUUUUAACAAUAAUUCCUAAAUUCACCGUUUUUAUCCGGGUUCUGUAGUUACAGCGUGAGCAUAUAUUAGAUCCGCAGUGUCCACAUUACUGAAACAAAGAUGGCAUCGAAACUGAAAGUUGGGAAGGUUGGUUCCAGGAACAAGGAGGAUGCUCCCUAUGAGUUGGAGAGCCAGUUUGUCCUGAGACUGCCAACGGAAUAUGCCUCCACAGUACGAAGGAUUGCCCAGUCUAGUAGUAUGAACAUGAAGGACCGACUCACCAUUGAACUGCACCCUGAUGGUCGUCAUGGCAUAGUUAGAGUGGACCGUGUCCCUUUGGCCUGCAAACUGGUGGAUCUGCCCUGUAUGAUCGAGUCUAUGAAAACUGUGGACAAGAAAACAUUUUACAAAACUGCUGAUGUCUGUCAGAUGCUCGUAUGUACACUAGAUGGAGACCUUUAUCCUCCUUUAGAGGAGCCCACUGGCACCGACCCUAAGACCAAGAAGAAGGACAAAGAUAAGGACAAGAAAUUCAUUUGGAACCAUGGCAUCACCUGCCCUCUGAAGAACACGCGCAAGAGAAGAUUUAGAAAGACUGCAAAAAAGAAGUACAUUGAAUCACCUGAUGUGGAGAAGGAAGUGAAGAGAUUGCUAAGUACAGAUGCUGAGGCUGUCAGUGUCCGAUGGGAAAUCAUAGCGGAGGAUGAGUUAAAAGAAGCAGAUCAGAAUGGCGGUCUCGGCAACCUGGACUCAUCACCUGGGAACUCGGAACACAAAAUGGGUAAUGGGUCGUCUUCCCAGUGUGAUGAGCUGAGGAAGAUUUUCAAUGACAUAAGCAGCUCCAGUGAGGACGAGGAGGAUGAAGGGGACCGGCACGAGGACGAGGACCUGAACAUCAUGGACACAGAGGAUGAUCUGGUCCGACAGCUUCAAGACAAACUCAGUGAAUCUGAUUCUACACAGCAUGAAACUGAUAGAAACAGCCAUAUAGUCAUGGAGUAUCAACUGCAGAUCAACAACAUCAAGGCCAAACUCCAAGAAACCUGUGCCCGGAAGAAACAGCAAGAGGAGCUCAUCAUGAAAGUAGAAAACCAGGCCCUCAAAAAUCGCUUUCAAGCCGUGCUGGAUGAGAUCAUUCAACAGGAAGAACGGGAGAUGGAGCAGUUGGCCUCCCUGCAAGAGCAGCUGGACUCGCUGUUAGAGAAGUGACCACCAGGGGGCAACCUCUUGUCACUUUGAACCAAACCAUGGAGGAGGAGGAAGAAUGCCUUCAUCCAAGAAGGA